GGUGCGGCGAGGGGAGGCCGAGCGAUGCUGGCGGCGCAGGAGGGCAUGCCCGGCGAGAGGCAGGAGCGGCAGGAGAAGACGCGCGGCGCCGUCGGUGACUCUCGCGGGGGAGAGGGGCGACGCGUACUGGGACUGUGCCGGCUGCACCACGAAGAACUGGUCGACGCGCGACACGUGCCGAAAGUGCCGCCGCGCGAGGCCGUCGGCGGUGCAGUACCGCCCCGCGCAAGUCGGCAUGCCUGGCGACCGACGCUCGCCGCAGUCAUCCCCGACGCCGAACGGGCGUACGGGCACCGCCGGCAGGGCGGGGGCGGGUGGCAGGGGCAGGGCUACGGCGGCGGCUCGCGCACGUACGGGUACGCCGAGCAGCCGCGCUACGCGCACAACGGGUACGGGGUGCCUCCCUUCUUCUACAGUGACGCGUGAGGCGGGCUGCGGCGCUCGCCAGGCGGGCCUCCGCGGGGAGCAUGCCCCGUGCCGCAUCUCUGCGGAGGCCCCGUGCGUUUGGCUCUCUCGCUUGGGAGGACCGCGCUCCCUUGACUCAGGGUCGCCCAUGGGGAGCGCCCGCGGACAGCAACGUCGUCGCUUGCCGACGCCAAGGAUUUUCUCGCGGGGUUGUGAACUACCCCGCUGCGGAUCGGAAAAGUCGUUUGGGCUCGUGUGAGUGGAGAGGCCCGUGGCCGUGCUGCGGUGCGCAAAAUUUAGAGAAAAAGCUCAUGAG